UUAAAUUAUUUAAGUGUUAUUGUGAUACUGUGGGUGCGUUAAGUGAAUCAUUAAUCACUUCCCUAAAAGAUGACGACGAGCGUUGGCCGGACCGCACUUUUGCUGUUUUUCGUGACCUCUGCUACCUCACAGUUUUAUGAUUUUUUUCAAGGAUUCAAACCAUUCGCAACAAAUCAACCUUCAUACGGAUCAGCGUUCACAACACGAAGACCCGAGAAAACAUACAAACAAACAACUAAACGGGAAGAAACCACUAAAACAUACGAACAUGAUAUUUACAAUAACCCUCUUCUACCACAAUUAAAUUUAGACAGAAACCAAAAUGAUUACAGAAGAAAAAAGAACGUAACUAAUAACUAUAGCACUACAUUAAAACCCAAAAAGAAAACCACUAUACGUACAACCAACAAACUACCUCAGAAUUUGCAAGAAUAUAAGAAUAUAUAUGAUGGAAAAAUAAAUGAUGUAGGAGAUUAUUACACGCAAAAACCAAAUUUUAAUAAUAACUAUUAUACGACAGGAAACCCGUUGAAUAAAGGGGUUAGACCUGUAGUUACCAAUGGGCCUCCUAUAACGAACAGGCCGGUGACGAAGAGGCCCAACUAUGGGGUUAACGCGAGGCCGAAAGACGAAGAUUCUAUAGCGUUUCCUGAUGAUGAUGUCACUCCGGAGGUAAUUAUUGGGCCUGAUGAAGAUUAUAUGAGUAAUGUUGAGAAGAAGAGGUAUAUAGAGCUGGCGGAAAGAAAGUGCGACGAGUACAAAGCACUGGGCACAAAAGCAGUCCAAGCUAUCCCCCUCUUGCCCCGCCCUGAGCCUGUUCAGAUCAACGUGCGCAAAUGCGCGCCCACCACUGUGCCUCUCGUGGUGGGGGGCAAAGUGGUGGACAUACAGGAGUUCCCGCACAUGGCGAUGCUGGGAUGGAGAAAAAUACAGGCGGCUGGCUACGCCUGGAAAUGCGGCGGCUCUCUGGUCAGCGAGCAGUUCGUCCUGACUGCUGCGCACUGCUCCUUUCAGGACCGCGACAACACCGUUGUUAAUGGACCCCCCAGUGCGGUGCAACUCGGCUCCUCAUACCUGGACGACCCUGGCGCGCUGGUCGUGAAAGUCGCAGCCGUCAUCAGACACCCGAAGUACAAGCUGCCUCGGUCUUACUACGACUUGGGGCUUGUCAAACUAGCCAAUGCUGUCAAGUUCUCCGAGGUAGUGAAGCCAGCGUGCCUGGGGACCGCCCCAGCGGUGGGCACACCUAUCAUCGCAACUGGUUGGGGCCGCACUGAAUAUGGAGGUGACCAAUCACUGGAGCUUCGCAGUGUGUCUCUGCCAGUUUGGGACAUAAACCGAUGCCAGGAGGUCCUCGGGACCUCACGCAAACUGCCUCAAGGACCUUUAAGCGACAGUCAGAUUUGUGCUGGGGAUGAAAGGGGAGGGAAGGAUACUUGUCAGGGUGACUCCGGUGGUCCCGCUCAACUUCAAGAGGACUGUAUCUGGCGUGUCGUGGGCGUGACGUCACUAGGCAGGUCCUGUGGUGCUGCUGAGACCCCAGGCCUGUACGCCAAGAUCCAACGGGCCUUCGUGGCCUCCCAGAUCUUCGGUUCUCAGAAAAUCAGGAAUUAUACCAACAAUAAUCAGAAUUAUGGAAACAAUGAUAAUUAUGGUAGCAAUAAUGCCAAUUCUGGAAACAACAAUAACUAUGAAAAUAAUUAUGGGAGCAAUAAUAGACAGGACAGUGUUAAUAUUGAGCGGCCAAAUAAUGCCAACUACAAUAAUAGACGACCACAAGGUAAUAGUCAAGAUAAUGUGCAAAGUCCUGAUAAGAAUGUAAAUAAUUAUUCUGGAAGCCAAGGUGGUGUCAAUAAUAGAAAACAAGACGACUAUUAUAGAGGAAGACCUUAUAAUCAACAAGAUUAUAAUAAUUACGAUACACAAGGCAGCAAUAGACCAAGUUACACAACAACAACAACACAAAAACCAAAUAGAGGCGUUAUUUCUUCAGAUUUUAAUAAUAGUAAUCAUAACAAUCAACAAAAUUCCCAAAAUUAUUAUACUACUCGUAAACCUGUAAGGAAUAAUAAUUAUGACAAUAAUAAUUAUAAUUCACAAAAUUAUGGAAGUAAUAAUCGGGAUCAAACAAAUUAUAACAGAAAUGAUAAUUAUGGAUAUAAUAAUCAGCCAACACAAAGAACACAAAAUAAUUAUAAUAACAAUAGACAGUCAAAUGUUGAAGAUUAUACGGUAAAUAGACCAUGGUGGUUAACAUGAAUCACAAAUGCUGUUUUUCCGUAUGGUAGAUGAAAAUAAGUAUUAAAUUAAUGUUAAUAUGUAUUGGAAAUACUCUAAAUUUAUUGUUUAAUUUGUAAAUAUAAAUAUA